UUUCCAUCUGCUCGCCUGUUGCACAGUUUGCUUAUUUUUGUAAAUAAUUUUCAGAAAUUAAUUCUUAACCGUUAGCUUAAGAAACGUGCGCACGUUUUUAUAAUGGACUCGAAAUACCUGGCCACCAGUAGAAAUGAUUCCGGGGGGCCUGGAUCUGUCAACUUCUCAAUUAAAAGGAAACAUGAUAUGCUGGGAAUUAGUCCUGUUUCAGAAAAGAAACUCCAUCUUGCGCAGAUAAAGCAACCAGUGCCAGCGCCUGUUUUGCUGACAAGCAAACGAACCACCAUCGAACAGCACCAAAAAUCCUUGCCAGUCUAUAAUUGCCGACAGCGAAUUCUCAGGGAGCUGAAACUGAAUGACACAGUGCUUAUAAUGAGUGAAACGGGGUCUGGAAAGACCACGCAGAUCCCGCAGUUCUUAUUGCAUGCGGGCUAUGCAAAGAACGGCAUGAUUGGAAUCACCCAGCCACGGAGGGUGGCUGCCAUUACAGUCGCCAAGCGAGUAGCGCAGGAGAUGUCCGGAGGUCUAGGAGACACAGUGGGUUAUACAGUUCGUUUCGAAGACGUCACCUCCAAACGUACAAAGAUACGAUUCCUUACCGACGGCGUGCUCCUGCGAGAGUCCAUCAAGGAUCGACUUUUGCAAAAAUAUUCUGCAAUUAUCCUAGACGAAGCCCACGAGCGCACCGUUAAUGCUGAUUUAUUAUUCGGCAUUGUCAAGGAAGCCCAAAAAGAGCGAAGAAAGCAGAAGUUGGGAUGCCUGAAGGUUGUGGUCACCUCGGCUACUAUGGAUAUUGAUCAUUUUGGCAAAUAUUUCAAGUGCAAAGGAAUGUAUUUAGAAGGAAGGACCUAUCCCGUACGAGUGAUGCAUGCCAAGGAAGAACAAGAUGAUUAUGUUCACGCAGUACUGGUUACGUUAUUCCAUAUUCACCGCACCACUCCUCGCAACCAUGACGUUUUAAUAUUCCUAACAGGGCAAGAGGAAAUCGAAUCACUGGCUCAUCAAAUCCGACAACUAGCAAAGAUUGACGUCAAUGGGACCGCAGAUCUCCGUGUAUAUUCAUUGUAUGCGCAAUUGGCGCAAAAUAAGCAGCUGGAAUGCUUUUUGCCAACUCCCCUAAACAUCCGGAAAGUCAUAUUGGCCACAAACAUAGCAGAAACCUCAAUUACCAUUCCCGGCAUUAGGUGUGUUAUUGAUUGUGGAUUUGUCAAAGAGAAAUCCUUCAAUUCCGCAGACGGGCUAGAUGUUCUAAAGUCAGUCAGGAUAUCGAAAGCACAGGCAUGGCAAAGAACAGGCCGAGCUGGUCGAGAUGCACCUGGCACAUGCUAUCGAGCAUAUACGAAAAAACAGAUGGAGUCGUUUGCGGAUGCUACUCAGCCGGAAGUCCUCAGAACGAAUCCCACGGCAAUGGUGUUGCAACUUCUCGCUCUGGACAUCGAUUGCAACAAUUUUGACUUCCUGGAUGCUCCUCCGGAAGAGGGACUGCGAAGUGCUUAUAAAAGCUUGGAUGCCCUUGGGGCAAUCAAAAGCGGAUCAGUGUCACAUAUUACUCCUUUGGGCAGGCAGAUGGUCCAGUUCCCGUUGGAUCCGAAAUAUGCCAAACUUUUACUAACAGCAUCGUCUUUUGGAUGCAUGGAGGAAAUUUUAAGCCUGGUAUCUGUCCUCACAAGUGAUCAUGUUUUUGUUUCGAAUACCGACAAGAAUGAAAUGGCUUCCCUGGCCCACGCAAAGUUUCAGUCAAAACACGGGGAUCACUUAACGCUUCUUAAUGUAUUUAAUGCAUUUGUUAAAACAGAAAAACCAAAGGUGUGGUGCCAUGAUAAUUAUUUAAAUUUACGUAGUCUAACUUAUGCCCGAAACGUUCGACGUCAAUUGGCGGAAAUCGGCGAGCGCAUGGAUUUGGUCCUGAACAGUUCCGAUGAUAUUGAAAUGCUAAAAAAAUGUCUUCUGAAUGGAUUUUUCGAAAAUAUUGCUGUUCUGCAAAGAGAUGGAUUUUAUGUGACAGUUUCGGGCAAUAUCAGGGCCAAGAUUCAUCCGUCUAGUGUCCUGCAUGGGAAAUACAAGCCGAGUUAUAUUCUUUUUACUGAAAUAGUUCAGACCGAACAAACUUUUCUACGCCAAGUCUCAGAAAUAUCCAUCGAAUGGAUUAAGGAAGUUGUACCGUUUGUUAAAAAUAUACCUACAAGAUAAA